AUGAAAUUCAGUGCUCUCCUACUACUUCUCACUUUACACCAUGUAGGUGCCCAGUCCCCAUACGUCCCCGCAUCCCCUACAAAUACCACACUGUCCGUCAUGUCGUACGACCUAAUGCCCAAAUUGCUAGUGCAAUUCUACCCUGAAAGGAUGUACGCCGAUACGAUCAACAGGGAGCUCGGGGCACGGGACAUAAGCCAGGGCGCUUUGGUGCAUUUUUCAGCAGACAUCGACUCGGACGUCCCGCCCACCACCGCCCCUUGGAUCGCCCUCAUAUCUUGCGAUAGAAACGCUACCGGUCAUUCUCAAGAGCUUGACAUCUUCACUCUUGCGCGUGACAAGGGAGCACGGGCAGCACUUCUGUACUCUACCACUUCCGAAACGUGUCAUCUGAACCCAGUAUAUGCCCAUUCUGUUUCUAAUGGGGAGUUUGACAUAUUCAGCACACGCUCUUUGAGUUCUACUAAGCACGCCCCAUUGGGGGACCCAGCAUAUGCAGCCUACGACGCGCAGCGACUCAGUGACUCGGCUGGGACUAUCACCUCGGGGAUUGAAUCGCAGAAACCUAUUGCAGCUGGGUUCGGGCUUGCUACGCUUUUCACCAAUGCUACAACUUCUUCAGGAGCAGGUGGAUCUGCUGCCACUGCCUCUGCCCCUACGAAUUCCCCUAGCUCUGUCACUACAAAUACGAACUCUGCAACCAGAAGUCCGGUCAUCUCCAUGCUACCUGUGCUCUAUACAUGUUUGGGGGCUUUAUUUACAUCCAGAAUAUAG